UGCAUGUGCCAAUGUGUGUGAGUGUGAGUCGCAGCAAUCGUAGUAAAUAGUAUUCGUAUCCGCCUCUGCGCUGCAAUAGUCACCGUCGCGUUUUUGUGUGUGUCGCCUGCUGCAACAAUAAUUACAACAAAAAUUUCCAAUUACGGUUAGGCCUCUCUUCUAUUUUACCUUGUUAUAGCCAAAUCUCUCACACACACAGCGUGCUUUCCCCACCUGCGCCCCUUUCCUAGCCGCACACUCGCACACACGGAAGAGUCGCCGCAGUCGGCAUCAACAAAAAACCGCUGUCGACGUCUCUGUCGCCGUGCAGUAAAUGUGCAUAUUUUAAGUUGCCAAAAUGUCCUCAACUCUCAUAUAAAUAAUCUAUACAGAAAAAGUGUGACAAAGAAAACGUGAACAGCGAUAGAAAAAAGGAAAGCGAGGAAAGAAAGGAAAAAAAAACAAAUGGCUCACAAUUGAAUGGCGGCCAUCGUGGCCCCCAGCGGCAUCCAUUAAGCAAUCAACACCAUUUCUCCUACAUCAAAUCAUCAGCCACCACCACCAUUACUACGGACACCACCUUAGACACCGCAACGCCACUCGCCACUGCCAGCACACACCACUCCACACUUCACUGAGCUCCAUCUGCCUCCAGCAACGGCAACAGCAACCGUAACCAGAAUCGGAAUCAGAAUCAGCGACACUGCGAGUGCAGCUGCUCAAAUUAUUUAAACCACUCUCCGCCGUAGUCCAUCAAUGAGCGUUUCGAUGUCACUGGUACAGGGUGGUGCUGCCGGUGGUGCGCCACAGGGCGCCAGCGCAAUAUUGGCCGCAGCGGCCCCCUAUUACCAGCCGCCAGCUGUGCCGCAGGAUGUCCAGCCGGAUCGUCCCAUCGGCUAUGGUGCAUUCGGAGUAGUAUGGGCUGUCACAGAUCCGCGAGAUGGAAGACGCGUGGCCCUGAAGAAGCUGCCAAAUGUGUUUCAGUCUUUGGUCUCCUCGAAGCGCGUGUUCCGUGAGCUGAAAAUGCUCUGCUUUUUCAAGCAUGAAAAUGUUCUUUCGGCCCUGGACAUCUUGCAGCCCCCACAUUUGGAUUUCUUUCAAGAAAUAUAUGUGAUAACGGAGCUGCUGCAAUCGGAUCUGCACAAGAUAAUCGUGUCGCCGCAGCACCUAUCCGCCGACCACAUUAAGGUGUUCCUGUACCAGAUCCUGCGCGGCCUCAAGUAUCUGCACUCGGCCCGCAUCCUACAUCGCGACAUCAAGCCAGGCAACCUCCUGGUCAACUCGAACUGCGUGCUCAAAAUUUGCGAUUUCGGCCUGGCCCGCGUGGAGGAGCCAGAUCAGGCGAAGCACAUGACCCAGGAGGUGGUCACACAGUACUACCGCGCCCCGGAGAUCCUCAUGGGGGCGCGGCACUACUCGUCGGCGGUGGACGUGUGGUCAGUGGGGUGCAUAUUCGGGGAGCUGCUUGGCCGGCGCAUCCUGUUCCAGGCGCAGAAUCCCGUCCAGCAGCUGGAGCUGAUCACGGAGCUGCUGGGCACCCCUACCAUGGAGGACAUGCGGCACGCCUGCGAGGGGGCACGCACACACAUGCUGCGCCGCGCCCCCAAGCCGCCCUCCUUUUCGGUGCUGUACACCCUCAGCUCCCAUGCCACACACGAGGCGGUGCACCUGCUCUGCCAGAUGCUGGUGUUUGAUCCGGACAAACGAAUUUCCGUCACAGAUGCCCUGGCGCAUCCAUAUCUGGACGAAGGACGACUGCGCUACCACUCGUGCAUGUGCAAAUGCUGCUUUACUACCUCAGCUGGAAUGCGGCAAUACACAGCCGACUUCGAGCCAUCCGCCGGCCAGCCCUUUGACGAUCUAUGGGAACGUAAGCUCACAUCCGUGCAGCAGGUCAAGGAGGAGAUGCACAAGUUCAUUGCCGAGCAACUGCAGACGGGUCGGGUGCCGCUCUGCAUCAACCCGCAGAGUGCGGCCUUCAAAAGCUUUGCCAGUUCGACAGUGGCACAUCCUUCGGAAUUGCCGCCAUCACCGCAUCAAUGGGAAUGACGGCAAAAUGAGGCCAUUGCUGCCUAAAAUCGAAAUAAAAGCAAAAGCAAACCAACAGGCGAAACAUCAGGGAGGAGCUAUCAGUCGGAGUCGUAGAACAUGGACCCAACCCCAAGAGAAAAUUCAGCCAGGAACAACGAUUCAAAAAGUUGUGUAGGCCAAACAACUUUUAAGAGGGCGUUCGUCUGUUUAAAGCAUUCCACCACCGAAAUUAACUACAAAAAAGCAAAACAAAUAAUUAAGAAUACUGUAGAAAAACAAACAAACAAAUAACGUAACGUAACUCAACUGAAACUAGUCUAAAACAAAUAAAAUAAAAAACCACUGUAGUUAAAGUAGCAGCAGAUACGCAAACAAGCUAAAGUUUUACGAACUACAUGCAAAAGCAUAGCGUAUUAUAAACAAAACAAAAAAAAAAUGAAAACAAUAAGUUUCCGGAAAAAAGGGAGGAAAAUAUUGUUGUGCUUGACAAGAAUUGGAACCCUGAUCGAACCCUCAAAUUCAAUGCAAAAAAAAUACUGUUUUAUGUUAAGCUCAUAGAAAGGAUGUUUAUAUAUGUAAGUUAUUAGCAGAACACACAGGCAUCGUAUUCAUGAUUAUUAUACAGCAUAUAUACGAGUAUAUAUAUAUUUAGAUAUGCCUAACGAUUAAAUAUACCCACAUAUACAUAUAUUUAAAAUAAAAUUGUAAACUCAAAAUGCACGCAGAACUAAAGUUUGUUUGCCAAAAUUUACCUCAGAGCGAGCGAAAUGUAAUCGAGUGCAACAAGGGAAAAUCCAUCAAAAUUCAACUAAUCCUAAAACCUAAUUAUGUGUAGUUAUGUAGUAAAAGCUAAACGAAAACGCAUUCAAAUUAUGCAACUAUUUUGAUUUAAACUUAAAUUUGAAGCUUCAAUUUUGAAACUGGUUUCUAGAUAUACACUUAAUAUCUGACUAGAGUCGGAGUUUCCACAACUAUUUAUACUAUAUAGUACGACAAGUGUAUGAUGUGCUUAUAAAAGUACGAGUACGAUUAAACUAUGAUAAUAACAAAAGAAAAAACCAGAAAAUUUGAUGAAAUUAGUUUAAAUUAGUUUCAACUGUCGACUGAACAACAAAUUACCAUUUAAACAAAUAUACAUAAAGAUAUACUAAACAAUUUUAAUUUUAUUUAGUUAUGACAAUUUCCACUUUGAUAAUACUUUUUAAACAUACUUUUCACAAUUUAAAUAAUAAUUAAUAACAAAAAGUGGACGACGACACACUGCCCCCAGUGAAGGAAUGGUUCUGGGCGGUCCCAGACAAGAUGGGCAGUCCUGCCUGGGGCACCCGUACUUUGACUGCCCGAACCAAUUCAAUUUUAGUUGAUAUACUUACAUAUAUGUAUAUAUACUUUUGUCUUUAGUUAAUUAUCAUGUAAUAUAGUUUAAUUUUCGUCUGACUAACGUUCUGUCUCUCUUAAUGCCCUAAUGCUAUGGUUAGCUAUGGUACAGGAUAUGACCGGUUAUAAAGGAUCAAUUUUCUACGGCCUCCUUGGGUGUCCCAGGACAUUAUAUAUGCUUAAGACUGAGUUUACUUACUUAAUUGAGAAUAUGCAACAUGAAAUUGAGUUCUAUUGUUUCUGCCAGAGACGAAAUUUCGAUUUAAAUAAACACAAUGUAUAAGGAAAAUGUCUGUGUGGAUUUUGAAUGUCUUUUGUAUUCAAUGUUUAGAGAAAACACACAAGCAUAUACAAAUAUUACCGAAGUACGUUCAAAUGAUAAACUACAAGUAUAAUAGAGAAGUAGAAAGAAACUCUUGAAACCACAAAUUUCCAUCUCGAUUGCUUUUUAACCGUGCUGCUUUCUUAUGUAUGUAUGUAGGAAAUAAUUAUAGCUAUAUAAAUACGAAUAUGAGUACGAUUAUGUAUGUAGUUAUUGAUUAUAGCAAUAUAAAUAUGAUCAUGAGUAUAGAGUAUACAUAAAUGGAUUAGCUUAAAGGAAAAAAAUGAAAAAAAUAAGAACUUUCAAAACUUUCACGGAGAUCUCAUAGCAAAAACAAAACAAAAACUAGGAUCCCUUAAAAACUUUGUUCAUACCUAAAGUCUUUCUUAAAUAUAUAUCUUUUACUAUAUAUGUAUGUAUAUAUAAAGUACAGAUUUAUUUUGAUCAGAGUCGAAAUUCGAGUGCAAGUUAAUGUGACUCAAUCGAUCAAUAAACAAACAGCUUAUACCGCAUCUCUAGAUAGAGGUAUUAAGCACCGUAUAGAAUUAAGCGAUAUAUAUGAAAUAUUAUAUUUCGCUCAGCUAAUGCACCAUGUACAUAGAAUUAUUUCCAUACCCCACCAAUAAAUAGCCCAUAUCUACGAUGAGUAAUGGACAUGUAUAUUAUAAACACAUAGCACAACUAUUAAUUGGAAAGAGGAGAAAACUAUUGAAGCAUUAUACAUAUAUAUAUAUAUACAUAUAUAUAUAUACAUAUACAUAUACAUAUAUAUUGAAUGAUAUAUGUAUACGAUUUUGGAGACUCCUGUUUUCUGUUCAUAUGUGUGUAAGGAGCAACUUUAAAUGUAAACUGAAUUAGUAUUUGAAUUAUAAAAUAUUAACGGAGCCCGCUAAUAAUCAUUCUUAACUGCAUAUAUAUGUAUGUAUAUGUAUAUUGGCUACGUAUUACUUUAACUGGUAGAUAAAACAAAAAACCUUGUGUAAACUGUUUGUAUAAAAUAAUAAGAAAACAAAAAAGAAAACGAAUACAUUUUUGUUUUAUUUUUUCAGCCAUUAUUUAACAGUGGAUCCAACCAACCCAAUGCAUUUGCUAAUUAGAAUUUAUAGCUAUAAAAACACACACCUACUAUAUCUGAUAUGAUACAAUAUACUAUAUAUAUUUGUGUAUGUAUAUGUGUGGACAAUAUUUGAGAUUAACAAACUAUAAACCGAAUCCAGAAUAUAUUAAAAAACAGGUAAAAAAGUAAUCCAUAUUUGGAAAUUGGAUAGAAAACAUCUCCAUCUUAUUAAACUUUAUGUAUAUGUGUGGAAGUAGUAUAUACACAAAUUGGUAAAAUGAAAAAGCUGUUGAAAUGCGAAUUCGACAAGAAGUAGAAACCAUAAAAAGAUUGCGCUCAGGUUAUAAAAUGUAAUUCUUAUACGAUUAUAUAGCACAACACUUAUUUGCAUAACAGACACACAUAAUUGUACGUUUAACAAAUGGCUGUUUGUAAAAAUUGUGACACAGUUUUUUUAACCAAAAUACCCCAAGAAAAUAUAUACCACCUCAAUGUGUAAAGGAAAGGAAAACCGUAAACAUUUUCGACAUAAAAUUAAUCGUAGUUGUAGAGUUGCUAAAAGCCAGAAACGCUGGCUAUAUUGUGCAUUGCAUGAUAUCUAAGAAAUCGUGUGAAUACAUGAGGAAACUUACUCAAGAAUAGCGUUCUAAAGAAUGGACAUAAUAUUUGUGGCAUAUAUUAAGAGAAAACUUUGUGAUUGCUUCUCAUUGAUGGUGACAUUGAUGAUUAAGGUAGAAGGGAAGAAGGUGGGACAUUUUUUCUUAAAGGCGGCCUGUAAAAAUACUCAACCGAAAAAGGAAAGGGUAAAAGAAAAUUGUAAUACACAACAAAAAGGAGUUAACAAAAACGGAAUAAUAAUACUGUAUGUAUAAUCAAUAGCUCGGAAAUCUCAAAAAAAAACUUUAAAAAAAAUUUUGAUACUCGUAUCUAUUUUAUGCGUAUGGGUACUUGGCUAAAUGUUGUAAAAAGUGUAUUACGCAAUUAUAUAUGUAUGUAGCUCUAUGAACUAUUUUCUUCUCUUAUAGGAAGCAUCAUCCCGUACUCGUAUGAAUCACACAACAAAGUUCCCUCUCACAUACUCGACACCCAAUUUGGUUUCCUAGACUCGCAAAUAUAAAUUUAAAAAACCCUUACUGUUUAACUGUACAUAUGUAAUUAUAAAUGGAUGUUUGUGUGUGUACUCAACCACUCGACACAUUAACCAGAUAUGUACUAACUAACGCAACUAAACCAAAAAAUUAUUUGUGUAGCGAGAAGCAAUCCUACAAGAUUUGUACAUUUUAAAAAGCGAAACCAUUUUCCAAAAACCGAAAGGCUACGUUAUAUAUACAGAUACGAUAAACACAUACUAACCAUUGAAAUAACUAAACAGGAAACCAGCACUAGACUAACAAAAUAAUAUAAAAACCUAAAAAAAAAAAAAAAAUAAGAAAGAGACGAAGAUAAUGAAUGGUAAGGAAAAUGCUUUCAAACUAAAUAAAGUUCUUUGGAAUUACAACACACAAAAAAAAUAUAUACAAA